GGGGUGCGGCCGGUAAACAAGGCCCUGCCGAACCGAACCCGGCCGAACCGAACCCGAACCGCCCCAUUAAGCGGGUACCGGACACAGCCCGUCCCAUGGAGCGAUGCUGUGUUUGAUAUACCUUGUUUUAGCCCUUUGUAUCAAGGGUCAGGGCAGAGCUGUGGCUGCGAGCCCUAGUGCUGAACCGGCAGCUAAAGGUCCUUCUAUAGAUGUCUUUUAUCCCUGUGGUUAAAUAGUGUUUCACUAUUCACUAUUACUAUACUAUAUUACAUAUAUAUAUGGCAUGUAAUAAGAACACACAGCAACAUGCCAAAUUCAAUUGCCUUCAGUUGCGAGGUGAGCUCAUUGUGUGUCCCCCAUAUGGGUCAAAACCAGCACAAGGUUCUGAAUCCAGACCCUCUGUGGUUCUCUUUGCUGACCCUGAAAUGUGAAGAGAGAAAAGGCAAAACUGGAUCAAUUUGAUCAUAAAAUGUGACUGAACACAAGGAGUCACCUCAAAGAUCCUCCUAGGCUAAAAUGCAUCCCUGAUGUGCUUGUAUUUUCCUUGUAUAAAUGGCCUUGUAUAAUCAGCUUGUAGAAAUAACCUUCUGCUAAUGAUUUCAUUGGAGAGGUGGUAUGUUUAACAGGAGCCACAAAAAGAGAUUGACAGAAGAUGACAAGAAGCCACAGUGGCAGCUUUCCUGACCACACUCCAAUCCUGCAGCUAUUUGAUCCAAAGGAACUCCUGACAUAAAACAAAGGAAAAGAGGGUGAAUGAGAGCUGACAUACAGCAAUGUCCCCCAUCUCUCUUCAGGCAUUCUAGCGUUGUAAUCAUAGUAAUACUCAUGGAGUAUCUCAGGGAUCAAUUUGUAUUCAAUGACAUACGUGCUUUGUGAGAUGAUAGCUACUUGGGGAACCAGGUUGGCUGAUACAGAUGGGUUUUUUUUUGCAGCCAUUCCAUGUACAGCCUACUGAAAUGAGGAGAUAUAGCCAUCCUCCUCCUCCAAAGGACUGUGCCCAGCACUGUUUGGGUCACCUCUGAAACCAGCCAGCUGGUGCAGUCUGACUGUACACGCUGUUAGGUUGUGUUGUGUAAUUAGUCCCUUCCAGGAUUUUGUUUCUGUGGCUGACUUGGUUUUAUUAUCUUUAGUUUAAGAGCAGCCGGUUGCACUUCAUGUCAAUGGUAAGUCUGAGCUCAAGGUGCUGGCAGGAGCCAGCUCCAGCGUUUCAUAAAAUAACAUCUCGGUCCUUUUCAGCAGCCUGUCCUUUUUCCUAUUUUUGUUUAAUUCCCAUAACAUAAUUCUUCACAUGAAACCCUGAAGCUACAAUGUACGUCUUGGUUUUCUGUUACAAUGCUUGUUUUUUUGUAGUGGGAAACAUAAUCCUUCGAAUGCUGGUGUUUAAGAAGAUGCAAAUCAUCUUGCUAGCACAAUGCUUUGGGAACGUUUAUUUCAUGCAAAGUAUGGCUAAGUAAAUAAAGGGGGGAGAAGAGGGAGAGGGAAAAGGGAUUGUUUGCUUCUGUAAACAGCAAGAAUUAAUUCUGUUCGGUAAAUAGGUGAAGAUGGGCAAAGAUUAAAAUCUGAUUCUUUCUCAACGUGGGUGAAAUCUACGCUCCUAUCUCUCAGUUGCAGCAAAGCCUAUUGCACAGCGUGUCCGGUGCUGUGGGGUGACGCAGUGCCACCAGCUGUGACUUGUGGCUGUCCCAGCAGAGAGCGCUCGGGCCAUCAGUGACACACAGAAUACCUCCACCAUGAAUCUGAAGUUCCUCUGCACCUCAUUUGCUCCACAGUGGAACACCACCACCCUGCAGCUGAUCCUCUUGUAUGGCAGAGAAGCAGCCCCUCAUCCCUGGUGCUGUCACCAUUCCACGUUGCAGCAGGAAAAUGGAGUGUGCUGAAUCCUGGUGUAGCGCAGCUGGCUGUAGGAAACAGGGAAAUGCAUUUGAAGGCUCACAACAAACAAAAGUCCGUGACAUAAAGGCAGUCCUCUGACAGCUAAGUCUGAAUGCUUGGCAGCUGGCUACAUGCUUCUAUACAUCUCAAGUUGCAAACUUAGGAUGUAUCCUCAGUGUUCCAACCGUGCUCAGUCUUAGUGCAGGAGGGGUUAACCAAUGGCACAGGUAGCACGGCACUGUAGGAAAAUGAUGAAAAAUCAGAAAGCAAGUGAAAUUAAAUAAUCCCUUCCUUCCCCCCACCCCCAAGCCUAUGGAAAGAUAAGCUUUCCUUGUUUUCCCUCAAACCAGAGUUGUGUCUGAGGAUUCUCCAUAGAAAAAAAUCACUGCUCUUCAGCUCCCAUCUCACCUAUGCCAGAGAACCACCAGAUGACACACAGAAUACCUCCAUAGUGCCACAGAAUGGCACUCUGCCCCCUGCACUUUCCCUUCUGUCACCCACCCUUGCAGGCAGGCAGUUCUUCCACCCUUAUAAACCCAUUUUCAAACUGUUUUGGAAAGCAAGCAGUGAAAGUAAUACAAAUUCUUAUUAUUGCUCUUGAGUUGAAGAACUUCUUGCAAAGACGCUUGUUAAUGAACUGUCAUAAGUCUGUAUCUUAUAUACAGCUGUAUUUAGACAGAGUAGUACCUAAAAUGAGUAUGGAUGGCACACACACAUCUAGGAAAACAAAGGCUGAUGAACAAACAUCUUUUUCAGUUAUUACUGUGAUAUUAUUUGUCCAUUUUUUUCCUCUUGGAAAUUGGAGAGAUAAAAGACCCAUCCUGGAAUAAAAUAAUUUAAUAUACGUGUGCUAUAUGGUUUUGUUGAUGAGACCAAAGUAUGUGAGUGUAUACGAGACAGAUAGUGUGCCUGUUUGGGAAAGAUACAGCACAGGGAUGAAUAUGUGUGAAAAUACAGGUUUCUUAAGAGCUCUUUCUAAAAAGAAAAAGCAAAUAGGUGUCUGCUUUGUACAUUAUUUCCUCAUGUCGUGCUCUUUGUCACUAUGACAGGAGAGUAUUCCUGCAGAAAGUGAAAUUUAAGGGUGCUGCCUCUAGGGUUUGCAGCUGGGCACUGUGAAUUCUCUUCAAGUUUUCAAAGUCCUGGGAAGUUUUGAUAAGCAAAUAGUUUCUGGGCUCUGCUUCUCCAUUGGCUGUUUCUUCACCGCCAGAUUUUGACACAAAUAAUCUGAUUGAAAAAUCAGGGAGGGGAACGGGGGCAAAAAACAGAGAGAAAAAAAAGGAGAAGUAUCUACUUCAGCAGGCUGCAACUAAGAGAAAAAGUGGAAGAAGGAGCCUAGAGAGAAGACAGCGUCUCAUUGGGGACUCCUAAGGCAGAUCCAGUAAAGCAGAGUGCCCUAAACAGGCAGUGAAUGGAAAAUGCCACGUUCCUUUUUGGUGAAGAGCAAAAAGGCUCAUAGCUAUCAUCAGCACCGCUUUGUGGAAGAUGAUCUGCCUAUAUUCACAUGGGAUCCAAUCACUUCUGCUUUCACUGCCACAGGAGACAGAGACGAGACACCAGAGGAUGGCAAGAAACAGGACCUAGAAUGGGUGGUUCCAAAACAAGAAAAGGAUUCUUUUCAACCAAAGGAAGAAAGCGUCCCCGUCCAGUGCCUAAGCAGGAUGCUGCCAGGACCUUCAGCUCAAGACAUGACCAUCUCAGGUCUGCAAGUCAAAGACUGCACAAGCCCAACAAGCACACCUACCUUCUACAAAACCAGCUUUUCUUGGGAUGCUUUCCAAGUGCCAUACAGCUACAGACAGAUGUCUUCCACCAUGCAGUCAGCCCUCCUGGAGCACCCAGUCAGCCUGUAUGGAAGCCAUCUCCUGCCAAGCGCUGAGCCCCCUCUGGAUUACAGCAUGCGGUACAGCUCGGACAUGGAGACCUACCACUGUGUGAAGUGCAACAAGGUGUUCUCCACUCCCCACGGCCUGGAGGUCCACGUACGAAGGUCUCACAGCGGGACCCGACCCUUUGCUUGUGAAGUAUGUGGCAAAACCUUCGGACAUGCUGUGAGCCUGGAGCAGCACACCAACAUUCACUCCCAGGAAAGAAGUUUUGAGUGCAAGAUGUGUGGGAAGACAUUCAAGCGUUCCUCCACCCUCUCCACACAUCUGCUGAUCCAUUCCGACACACGGCCCUAUCCCUGCCAAUACUGCGGCAAGCGCUUCCACCAGAAGUCAGAUAUGAAGAAACACACUUACAUCCACACUGGAGAGAAGCCCCACAAAUGCCAGGUAUGUGGCAAGGCCUUCAGCCAGAGCUCCAACCUCAUCACCCACAGCCGCAAGCACACCGGCUUCAAGCCCUUCAGCUGUGAGCUCUGUGCCAAGGGCUUCCAACGCAAGGUGGACCUACGGAGGCACCGGGAGACCCAACACAGUCUCAAGUGAGGGAUGGCUCCAGAUCUCUGCUGGAGGUCCCACUGCCAGUGCACGCUUCAUGGAAGCAGACCCUCCCCACCAUUUCCAUCCGGCACAGGGCCUCCCAUUUCAUUAAGCUCACAUGGCUUCCGGCACUGUCCUGGGAAGUUACAAAGCCAUGUCAUCAGCUUUGGUGUUCUUGCAACCCCAGAGCCUUACACACCCCAGAAUGUGACACAGAAACCUGUGGGAGCUCUCACUCCUUAGUUACAGCAGGUACCAGGCCAGAUCUGAUAUCACCUGCUCAAGUGUAAAUGCAGGGGAAUUCCUCCAGGGUCACAGUUACUCUGGAUUUACACCACAUGUAGAAUUCAGUCCAUCAGACUGACUUGACCAGCAGUGAGGUGGGAACACCUGGACUAGUGGCAGCCAAAAUCUGUGCCAAGCUGCUGCUGUAACCAUGUUCUGCUUUGAUGGUUAGGAAGAUAAGGAUAGGACAUGCAAAUAGACUGCAUUCAGUGAGCUGUUUUUAACCUGGACAGGGCAUCUGCAGAGACUUGCCCAGGUCAUAAAUUCCAGCAACAGGCACCUCAAUUCAUUUUCUUUCAGUGGAGCAGUUACUGUGAUCAAGUGACAAAUCAACUGUGUCUUAUUUUUAGUUCGGAGUAGGAAGAAAAUAUUGGGGGAAAAAAUAGCUCUUAUCCCUAACUAAUAACAAGGGUCUCUGCAUGCAUUCCACAUCCACACCCUACUGCAAAGAUCCCCAGGCAAGUGACAAUCAGAUGAACUCCAGGAAAAGCCACAGCACUGAGGAUAAGCUAAUGAGCCCUGUAUCUCAGUACCCUGCAACAGAGACUGGCUGCUCUCAGAAGCCAGGCUGGGAUGUUCCAGCAUUGCACUGUGUGCUGGAUUUAUUGGCUUAAAUCUGUCCUGGACAGCCCUGUGUGACUGCACAGUCAGGAAUGACCAUGGAUAUAGUUGUCAAGGACCAGAGAAAUAUGAUUUCCUUCCACUCUUACAGGAGGAAGCAGCCUAACCCAUAUACAGCGGCAUGAUAUGAGCACUUCACAAAUACAACACAAACACAGCAGUGGUAUUUCCUCCUCCUUCCAGGUCUAGAGGUUGAAGCAAAGCACUGGAAGAAGUAAAUAGCUGGCUCUCCUCUAAGCUCUGUUGUGUUCUCAGUACAUAACCUUUGGCAAGUCACUGCACUGCUCUGACUUCUAUUUCUCCACACCUCUUGGUGAUGAGGAGUCAUUUGCUCAGGUGUGUAAAGUCCCUUGAGUUUUUGAGAGGAAGGGCAAAGUAUUAUUAUAGCAUUAAAAAGACAAGUGCUUGCAGUUAAGUGGGGCAUUGCAGCAGGGCACAGACCACUCCAUAACUACAUCCCUAUACACAUGGCAUCAUAUGAUGACUCCUGUGGGAAGCAGCCUGUAGAAAGGGCUGUGGCAUUCACCAUCUCACUCCAAAUGCUUAUUAAAGAAUGGUGCCCCAAUGGGCAAAGAAGCAGCAGUCCAAGUGGGAGAUUCAUUUCUUGCUCUGAGAAAAGAGUUUUGAUUCUGUCCUCGGUUACACUGCUGUCAAUCCAAAGCCAUUCUCCCUACUAAGAUUUAAAACAUACUUGCCCCUGUUCUUUGCUGAAGCUGUUACUCAUUAAUAUGCAGUCUGGCAACUCAAAACAGUCUGUACUCCUGGCUUGUCCUUGCACACUGCAAGUACAUAUUUACACUUAUUCUAAUGUAUAUUUUUAUUGCAAUACACCAAACUGUGACAACAUGAACAGGCCUGCUGGGAUUUUUAACUGAUAAACCUGUUACCUCUCAGUAACUCUGCCAACACAGGGUGCUUUGUGUUUAAAGAAUUCAUCUCAAGAAAGUCCUGUGCUGAGCUCUGGAGGUGCCAGCAGUGGGGACAGAGGGGAAAAGGAGAGGGGUGACAGCACUGCAUUGCUCUCCUGUUAAAGCUGAGCUGUUCUGUACUUUACCAUGCCAGAACCUGGUCAGGGUAAGAGCUGCUGGGGAAGAAGCAAUGCUCAGACCCUAUCUGUGACACCAGACACAUAUGCGUGAACUUUAGAUAAGGUAAAACCAUUUUAGCUUAUUAAAAUUGCUGCCAAAAACGCAAA